CCGACCUUGGCAAGCGCAACAUACCUACGCCGUAUCACCUAGGUAGGUGGUUACUUAUCCUAUCUAUCAGUGCAGGAACUAGCCAGUCCUCUCCCCUGCACCCAAGCAUAGCCUCUGGUAAUCACAGGCCUUUUCAAUCUCGCUUGUGUCCUAUGUCAACCGCUGGAGUCUGCCGUUGAACCCGGGCAAACAAAAAAAGAAAAAAGCCGAACAGGCACUCGGAAUCAUGUCGUCCCCGCAGCCCUUUCGGUUCUCCUCUCCGAUUCCUGGCGCAGACGGGAGAAAGUCUCGGUUCAACUACAAGCACCUCUCUCAGCUAGCGACAUACAACCCGUCAUGCCCAUUGCGAGUCAUAGCCCACGUUGACCUGGAUGCCUUCUAUGCACAAUGUGAGAUGGUACGUUUGGGUGUACCAAAGGACCAACCUCUGGCAGUUCAGCAGUGGCAAGGUCUGAUUGCCGUCAACUACCCAGCACGUGAACGUGGAAUCGGCCGCCACUGCACCUUGACGGAUGCUAGGAAGCUCUGUCCUACUCUAGUUGCCCAGCACGUAGCCACAUGGCGCGAGGGCGACGAAAAGUGGGCGUACCGUGAUGACGCCGCCGCCAACAUUCAGAGCGACAAGGUCUCGCUCGACCCUUACCGUCUGGAGUGCAGGAAGAUUCUGGCAGUCAUCAAAGAAAGCUUGCCCUCGGACCUUCAAAAGGUCGAAAAAGCUAGCAUCGAUGAGGUCUUCCUCGACCUUUCCGCCCAGGUGCACGAAAUCCUAUUGAGACGCUUCCCCGAGCUGGCAAACCCACCCCCUUAUGAUGAUCCGACCGAAAAUCUCCCAGGCCCUUCCGUAGCUGCACUUGACUGGCAGGCGGAUGCCCUCGUCGACCUGAACGAGGACGAAGAGUCUAUGGACCCAGACUGGGACGACGUGGCGAUCCUCAUUGGAUCCGAAAUUGUGCGACAUGUCCGAGGCCAGAUCUUUGAGAGGCUACAGUACACAUGCUCGGCAGGCAUCGCCAAGAACAAGCUACUCAGCAAGUUGGGCUCCGGUCACAAGAAGCCCAACCAGCAAACUGUCAUUCGAAACCGAGCCGUGUCACAUUUCCUAUCUGGCUUCAAGUUCACCAAAAUACGCAAUCUCGGGGGUAAGCUCGGCGAAAACGUAGUGUCCACCUUCAAUACCGACGCCGUCAGUGAGCUUCUGGCUAUACCUCUGGAGCAAAUGAAAGCAAAACUGGGCCAUGACACAGGGAGUUGGGUACAUAAUACCAUCCGUGGUAUCGACCUGAGCGAGGUCAACUCCCGCACGCAGAUCAAGUCGAUGCUUUCGGCAAAGUCUUUCCGGCCCUACAUCAACACUCCUGAACAGGCAGUAAAAUGGUUGAGGAUCUUUGCCGCCGACAUUUUUGCCAGACUGGUUGAGGAGGGCGUCUUGGAGAACAAACGCAGGCCGAGAACCAUCAACUUGCACCAUCGACACGAUGGCCAGACCAAAUCACGUCAAGGUCCGAUUCCUCAAGGCAAAACUCUUGACGAGCAAGCUCUGUUUGAGCUUGCGAAGAGCUUGAUGAACCAAAUCAUGACGGAAGCCAGUAUCUGGCCCUGCGCUAACCUGAGCUUGAGCGUGGGUGGGUUUGAAGAUGGCGUGACGGGCAACAUGGGCAUCGGCGCUUUCUUGCUGAAAGGAGAGGAAGCCCAAGCUUUGAGACAGACCAGCCGCGAAGCAAGCCGUCCAUCAACGUCCGAGGAAAAGCCGUCUUCCAAGAGGCAACGGAUGGACGGAGGGGCGAUCGAUCGAUUCUUUACACGAGGCGUUUCCACCGACAACGAACCAAAUUUCACCAAUGCAACCGCAGAAAAGGGUUUUGACACCCGAAAUGAGGCCCCGGAGGCGGAGGGCUACACCGACUCUCAUCAGAUGCCAAUCGUAGCGUUUCUGUGUUCGCGGUGCAACGCACGCUUUCAAACGCCCGAUGAGCAUCAGAGCCACGAGGAUUGGCACUUUGCCAAGGACCUCCAGGACGAAGAACGUGUUGAAUCCGCAUUUGUCAACCACUCUGCAACCCGCAAGUCUGGCCCAAAGCCAUCAGGUGCAUCGGCCAAGCGGGGUGGACGCGGCGGCAAGCUUGAACAAGGACAAAGCAAGUUAAAGUUUGGAUGAGUCCUACAAAUAUCCAGGAUAUCGGAACCACGCCAAGAGCUUGUCGAGCGGACCCUGCCUGCCGCCUGAUAAUUGUAUUUAACGAGACUUGAAAGUUGGUAAACUUCUCGCCCUGAUAUCUGGUUCAGGGUUCACCGCGGCACCAUAGGUUUGAUGGCGAGGUCCCUGGCGAACGUUGGAAAUGGACCCUGACAAGUGCUCUUCGUUCCACUCACAGCAGGGUAGAUGGUUCCACUGUUCUACGGGUCAGGGACGAUGCAAACUCAGGACCCCGUCUAUGUGUCUCCAACCGUUGAGUUGGGCAUCCGGAGGACGAACUGGGAAGUAAGUC